UUCACUCUGUGAGUUCAGACCGGGAUAGUUUUACCGGGCGUGUGUUCCCAGACUUCCAGAAGCAAUGGCAGCGUUUGGUGGAGCCGUGCCAUAAAGCUGAAGGAGAGUCCUCUUACCCAGCGCCUCCCUCAGAGACCCCAGGCCCCUCCACACUCAGGGAUACCAUGGGGCCCGUUCACCUUCCCCCCUUCCUCUUCCUCCUCCUCUCCCUUCUUUUCCUGACCCACCCUUGCACCUCCUUCAGGCCGCAGUUUGUGGAGCGAGCGUCUGGCCCUGAGCAGCCUCAGUCCUCCGCUAACUCUACCGGUAAGAAGGCGUGUGCAGGGAUCGUAGUGUGUAAGCCGGGGAUCCUGCUGCCGGUGUGGCUUCCUCUCAACCCUCCAGUGGGGGAACAGGCGGGGAGAGCAGUUGUCUACUUCAUGUGUCUCAUGUACAUUUUCCUGGGUAUCUCCAUCAUCGCAGACCGCUUCAUGGCCUCCAUCGAAGUUAUCACCUCUCAGGAGAAAGAGGUGACCAUCACUAAUUCUAACGGAGAAAGGACGGUAACGACAGUGAGAGUGUGGAACGAGACUGUGUCCAACCUCACACUCAUGGCCCUGGGCUCCUCUGCACCCGAGAUCCUGCUUUCUGUUAUUGAGGUGUGUGGGCACAACUUUGAAGCAGGUGAGCUGGGCCCGAGCACCAUCGUAGGCAGCGCUGCGUUCAACAUGCUUGUGAUCAUCGGGCUGUGUGUGUCUGUAAUCCCCAACGAAGAGUCGCGGAAAAUCAAACACCUCCGAGUGUUUUUUAUCACCGCUUUCUGGAGUAUUUUUGCCUACAUUUGGCUCUACCUCAUUCUGGCAGUCAUCUCACCUGGGAUUGUAGAGGUGUGGGAGGCUAUAGUGACGCUGCUUUAUUUUCCGGUGUGUGUGGUCUUGGCUUGGAUCGCUGACCGUCGCCUUCUCUUCUACAAGUACAUGCACAAGCGUUACCGUGCCGACAAGAGGCACGGCAUCGUGGUGGAAAUGGAGGGUGACCUUGCCCCUAAAGGCAUCGACAUAAUCAUGGACGGAAAGUUAUCAGAUGGGGGUGCUUGCCCUGAAAACUCCUCCAGUGUGACAGUCUCUGUGCAGACUGGCAACGAACUGGACCAGAAAACCAACGACGAGGUGGUCCAGAUCCUAAAAGACCUGAAGGAGAAGCACCCAGACAAAGACCUGGACCAGCUGAUUGAGAUGGCUAACUACUCGACUCUGGUUCAGAAAAAGAAGAGCCGUGCUUUCUACCGCGUUCAGGCCACACGCAUGAUGAUCGGCGCUGGAAACAUUUUAAAGAAACACGCUGCUGAGCACACGCGUCGCUCUGGAGGUCUGGAUUCUGACAAGGCCACGUGCUCACACAUAUGUUUUGAGAGCGCUCAGUACCAGUGCACGGAGAACUGCGUCUCUAUGAGCCUCGGGGUGAUCCUCGAUGGGGGGACAGGCCAGGACACCUUUUAUGUGGACUACUGUACAGAAAACGGCUCUGCCAACGCUGGAGCUGACUAUGAAUUCACUAAAGGAACUCUGGUGUUUAAACCAGGGGAGACACACAAAGAGAUUAAGGUGGGAAUCCUGGACGAUGACGUCUUUGAGGAGGAUGAGCACUUCUUUGUGCGUCUUCAGAACCUGAGGUUAGAAGAAGGUGGAAGUGAAGGGGCAGGAAGUCCACAAAAGGGGAGACUAGUGGAGCCGCUUGUUGCCACAAUCACAAUCCUGGAUGAUGACCACGCUGGCAUCUUUACCUUUGGCCAGCAAGUGCUGCGGGUCAGUGAGAGCACGGGCACGCUGACAGUCACAGUGGUGAGGAACUCGGGCUCCAGGGGGACCGUCUCAGUACCCUAUCAUACAGAGGAUGGGAGUGCCAAGGCGGGGGUGGACUACGAGGACACCAGAGGAGAGCUGGAGUUCACUAAUGAACAGACCAGUCAGGUCUUAAAAGUGCGCAUAAUAAAUGUGGAGGAGUAUGAGAAGCAGGAGAACUUCUUCAUCGUGCUCGAGGAUCCCAAAUGGCUGAAGCGAGGACUCUCUGGUAACCCCACCCCUGAGGAGGAGGACGCACGCAGGAUCUCCGAGAUGGGAAAACCUAUUUUAGGAGAACACAGCAGACUGGAGGUCAUCAUAGAGGAGUCCUGUGAGUUCAAGAACACAGUCGACAAACUGUUGAAGGACACAAAUCUGGCUGAGGUGCUCGGCACUCACUCAUGGAGAGAACAGUUCAUGGAAGCCCUCUCAGUCAGUUCAGGUGAUGGAGAUGAGGAGCAGCGGAUGCCGAACUGCUUCGACUAUUUCAUGCACAUAUUGUGCAUUUUCUGGAAGAUUCUAUUUGCUUUCGUCCCGCCAACAGAGUACUGGAACGGCUGGGCGUGCUUUAUAGUGUCGAUCUCUGUCAUUGGUAUCUUAACAGCCGUUAUUGGAGACCUGGCCUCUCAUUUCGGCUGCACCGUAGGCCUGAGAGACACUGUCACUGCUGUGGUCUUUGUGGCUCUGGGGACUUCACUUCCUG